AUGCCUAAUCAUACCGGGAUAUACGGGACCGGCUUCAGUCGUGUUAUCAAAGCGCUGUCUUUAGGCGUCAUGUUCGGAACUGCAGUUAUUUUACCAGUCUUUCAACACGAAUCCGCCUUUUAUCACUACCUAACGUUAUCCCUCUUCGCGGUCUCUACGUUUAUCCACAGUUACUUCAUCUGGGAGGCACUUGUUAGACACUUCGGACUGGCCCUGGUUAUGGUCGCUGUGCCCGUUCUCUUCACAUUACCCUAUUCCCACACGCCACUUUCAUUCUUGCCGAGCCGCAUUCCAAUCCUAAUCAUGUGGAUGAGUUUUUUCGUCGAGGAAUAUGCCAGGCGUAUCCCAACCGAUAAAUGGCACCGAAAGAAAGCACGGCCAGAUGUUGACCUCAAAGCCGACCGAUAUCCGAUCUUUUCUAUGCAUACGUGUUGCGACGAGUUGUUAGUUCAUAUGAACGGCGGUGAAAUGAAGCCAUACCAGGCGCCAAGUCAGAUGUCUUCGGAUAUUUCCUUGUCAGAUGGGCACGGAAAGUUGCCGUCAUCAUGUGAUAGCAUGACGCGGAGUUUUUGGCCCGAUAAAUUGGCCCAGGAGGGCGAGGUUAGAGAAGAGAGUGGCGACGAAAAGGUUCAAGAUGAGCUAUGA